AAUAAUUAUUUAGAGGAUAAAAAAAUUGUAAUAUCCAUAUUUUUUGACUAUAAGAAAGCAUUUGAUACAUUGCAAAAAGAUACCCUUAUUAAUGCUAUGAAGGAGUGCGGUGUGGGACAACCACUAAACCAGUGGUUUAGUGAUUACCUCACAGGGCGCUCUUACCGGGUAAAGGUGGGUGAUACUCUCAGUGACAGGGUGGAGGUACGGAGCGGAGUGCCUCAAGGAUCAGGAUGUGGUCCUAUCUGCUACCUCAUGCACGUGAACAGCUUAUGCGGAGUGUUGCGUCAUUGCUCGUCAUACAUGUACGCAGACGAUCUAUGUGUGCUCCGCGCCGGAACCGACAUCAAUGACAUCUGUCCGUUAAUCCAGCAAGACAUAGACGCAGUAGUUAAAUGGUCCCAUGACAAUGGGAUUAUUCUAAAUGCCGAUAAAACCAAACUUCUUGUCAUCAGAUCACCAUAUUCACACCUAUCCAUUUCUACUCCUAAAUUGAUAACACACGAAUACUCAUGUUUUCAUAAUCAUUUAAUAAAUUGUAAUUGUAAACCUGUUGAAGCUGUUAAUUCUGUUACAUAUCUUGGUGUCAAAAUAGAUGAAAGUUUUUCAUGGUCCUGUCAUGUAGAUUACAUUUGUAGUAAAUUAAGAAUAUUACUUAGUAAGUUUUAUCAUUUAAGUUACAAAGUUCCUAUUAAAAUAUUAAGAUGUUUGUAUCUAUCCUUAGUAGAAUCAAUAAUAAGUUAUGCUCUUGAUAGCUACGGGCUAACGUUUAAGACUUACAUAAAUAAAUUAGAAUCAUUACAAAUAAGAUUUCUUAAACUAUUAGUUACAAAAAAGACUAAAAUAAGUUGCAAAGACGAUUAUAGAAAAUUGUAUAAAAUUUGUAAGAUCUUACCGGUUCAUUUAAAACAUACAUACCUUUUAGCUAUAAACCAGCACGGCAGGAAGGAGCAUGACUUAUCUAUUGUGACAAAUAACCACAGUACACGGUCGGUGGCUGCCGGUAAAUUUAAUGUUCCAAGAGUCAAUAAUUACUUCGGCGAUAGAACUCUAAAGAAACGGAUACCUUACGUGCUUAAUAGUUUACCAGCAGACAUUCGACAGGAAAAUAAUAAAAGAAUUUUUAAAAGUAAGUUAAAAAAAUACCUGUUUAAAAUACUUAUAUAGAAUUAUAUAGAAUAUAUAUUAUAUAGAAUAAACAGUAGAUAAUAACUUUGUAUAACAAUGCGGCGCAACACCCACAGUCAAACCGCUAAACCGGUUUUGUGGGAAAUUGUCAUAAAUAUAAUGCUGUAUUUCUUUUAUA